CCGCAACAUGGUUGCUGGUGGGCGCACAGUGGAUUAGUGGUUAGCAUUCGCCUCACACCUCCAUGGUCGGGGUUCGAUUCCCACCGUGGCCCUGUGUGUGCGGAGUUUGCAUGUUCUCCCCGUGCUGUGGGGGUUUCCUCCGGGUACUCCGGUUUCCUCCCCCAGUCCAAAGACAUGCAUGGUAGGCUGAUUGGCGUGUCCAAAGUGUCCGUAGUGUAUGAAUGGGUGUGUGAGUGUGUGCACUGCGAUGGAUUGGCACCCUGUCCAGGGUGUACCCCGCCUUGUGCCCCAUACUCCCUGGGAUUGGCUCCAGGUUCCCCGCGACCCUGAAAAGGAUGAAGCGGUAUAGAAGAUGGAUGGCUGGAUGUUUUUUUUUUUUUUUUUAACUGCCAAUCUCCUGCCAUUUUCAUGUACAACAAUCUUUAAAGUUUAUACAGAACGGUGCGAAAACCAAAAAAAUUCAGUGAACAGCAGUUCUGUAAGUUGGUCAGACUAGUCUGAGGUGAUAACCAAGUAUUAAUUAGUAGGGUGUUCCUAAUAAAGUAACCCAAGGUGAGAAGUGGGCUGACGGCAUAUGAUUAUUUGCAGUUUGGAGGUGUCUGACUGCUGGAGCCCAAUAUUCCUGCGUGUAUACAGCUGAUAGCAUGGAAGUGUGUGUAACAUUUUACUGGAACAACACUGCCCCCUAUCCCUUAUUCUGAAUCUCAAAAGGCUUCCUUUACUGGUAUGUAGUUGACUGUUUUUUCCUCAAGUGACUAAAAUACAGGGGUUGGACUUGAGCACUUGGAAAAAAAAAAAAUUCGCAAAUGUUUUUCUUCCUUUAUGAACAAUAUGUAUAACGACUACUUUGAAAGGUAAGAUUAAUCCGUCGGUCAUGAACUUUUAUUUUGAACUUGCUUGUCGCCUCAUAUAACGAGCCAAUCAGGACAGGCCAAUUCGCACACGCGUAGUUAACCCGGAAGUGGAAUUUGGAAUUGCGGUCACCUUUGAAACAAAAGUUUGAACUCUUCUGACAGUUAGUUGUGGUGGUCCGGUAAGACACGUUCACACAAAGCGUAAACCCAAUGGCGAGUUGUGACCCUGCAGCAGCAGGCAGCCUGAGUGAGGAGUUUGCUGUCCCGGCUCAUGUUGAGGAGGUCAGGAGUGUGAUGGAGGCGUUUGCAGAGCAGCAUGGGGCUGCAGGACGCAGGGUCGUGCUCAUCACUUCAGGAGGCACCAAGGUUCCUCUGGAGUCCAGGACGGUGCGCUUUCUCGACAACUUCAGCAGCGGCCGGCGUGGAGCCUCCUCGGCGGAGUACUUUCUCUCUCAGGGGUAUGCUGUGAUCUUCCUGCACAGGCAGCGCUCUCUGUACCCCUACACACGCCUAUACACAGGGGUCAAUCUGCUGGACUGUCUGACGUUAGACACUGUUCAGGAGGGCACUGGUCUGGUCACAGUGGAUCAGACAAAGCUGCCAAACAUCACCGAGGUGCUGAAGCGGUACCAGGCAGUGAAAUCUGCAGGGUUACUUCUCCCAGUGGAGUUCAGCACCUUAUCCGAGUAUCUCCACCUUCUCAAAGCUGCAGCACAAGCUCUCAGUUCAAUAGGUUCCAAAGCCAUGUUUUAUUUGGCUGCGGCGGUUUCUGAUUUCUACAUCCCCGCUUCUGAAAUGCCGGAGCACAAAAUACAAUCCUCCAACGGACCUUUACAGAUAAGCAUGAAAAUGGUACCCAAAAUCCUUAAACCACUGGUGAAGGACUGGGCCCCGAAAGCGUUCGUCAUUUCGUUCAAGCUGGAAACGGAUCCGUCCAUCCUCUUGGAGCGAGCUCUUUGUGCCUUGGACACCUACAAGCAUCAGGCAGUCGUGGCCAACGUCCUAGACACACGGCAUGGUUACGUCGUCGUCGUCACUGAAGACUCCCAGACAGAACUGGUCCUUACAGACGAGGAAGCUCAGCGAGAAGUUGAAAUCGAAGAUAAGAUCGUCAGGAAUUUGUCACAUGCGCACACUCAGUUCAUAAACCAAAAAGUUUAGAAGUGUGUUAGCAGCCUCUUAACUCAGAUCUUAGAUCAGUGGAUUUGUACUUGCCUUUAAAUUCACAGUAAAACUAGAAAAACUGUCAUCCCAAGGUGUUGGCUGUUUUGGAUAGAGUAACAAGAUAUGACUUGCCACCAGUUAGAUGAAAAAACAUUCCUAAGCAUGCACCUUAUGCACCAUGUACCUAUUUACUGAUCUUUAAUAAGAUAACUGCAUGCUAACGUGCAGGGUUACAAUAGAAGCUUGUGGUUGUAAAAAAUAUCACUUCUAGUGUGUUUAUCAAGUAUCAGUGUUCCUUUUUCCAGACAUUAUCAGCAUAGGAAGUUAACUGGCACUAUAAUUGCUGCUGCAUG